AUGUCCUCAACGGCGGAUUCCGAAGCUAUCAUUAUUGCGUUCGUGAGCGCCGUACGCCCAGGCUUCGACUACAUCGUGGUAACCACUGCUUUUUCUGCCUGUCUGUUUACCCUCUUUGUUGUCCUUAUUGCACUUUCAACCAAAGAGUCUCGACGCCGCCUCGUAUUCCGACUAAAUGUGCUUGCUAUCUGUCACGUCCUAGCCAUGGGUGUAUUGAUGGGCUUGACCACCCUGAAGUACAUAUUGGAACCAUUCAGUCAGGUGUCAGCAAGUGUCUUCAUUGCUACAGUUGUCUUCCUCUACUUCUCGCCAUUACUGUAUGACUCGAUAUUGUUGACUCGCCUCUUUGCUCUCUAUCCCCUUGGCAGUACACCUCCCGCUACUCUAGUGAAAAUCUUUGCACUCCCAUUCUGCAUCAAGUGCGCUCGAGUGGCCGUUAUCGUGGGUGUUUUUCAUCAACGUUUAACCAUUGCCGUUCUUGACUAUGUUCGGUCUGGGAUAACGACUAACGCUCUCACUCAGAACAAUGAGUCCACUGCCUGGUUCCGCAACCCUUACAUGAUCGCCGAGUGGACAAUGCAAAUCGUCGACAACUUGUACUCCGUUAGCUUUUUCCUUUACAACCUCCACGUCCGCACAUCGUCGAUAAACAGAGCGCACAGCAUUGCGGACCGUAUCCGCCGAAUCUUCUAUAUAUCCGUCGCCAAUUUUGUUUUCCCUCUCAUCUUCAAUAUUGCACAAAUCAUCUUUAUCACGACUGACCGGAUCCCGACCACCGGCGAAGUGCUGCUCUUGAUUAACAGCUAUGUAACUGUCUUGGGGGUAAUGUGCGCGACACUAUGGUCCUCGGGAUCAGAGUGGGUUCGGACCCGCAACGAACCAUUACCCGAGCGCAUGUUCAACUCCUGCAAACCAAACUUUGGAAAGGACCGUGCUGCUGGCGGGAAGAGUAGGAGCUCUAUCGCAUUAGUAGGCGAGGGGUGUCUCACACAUGGCACUACAGGCUUGGACACUGGGACGAAUCUCAACCAGCUCUCCCCCCCAGAGAAAGCGAAGAAGCAUACCUUCGUAUGA